CGCUGCGCUGCCGCUCUCUCUCCCGCCAGCCGCGGAGAGACGCACCGAGAGUCGGCCAGCGCCGCAGCGCCGCAGCGCCGCAGCCGCGCUCUCGACGGCGGCAGCACGCGGACGCGCCCGCGCCGGAGCCGCAGCCCGAGCCGCGGCCGCGGGCAGACGAGGCGCGAGUGCCCGAGUGCGCGGUGAUGAGUGAGCGCGCCGCCGAGCCAGGCCCCGAGCGCGACACGCCACCCGCGAGCAGCAGCAGCAGCAGCAGCAGCAGCAGCAGCAGCAGCAGCGCCAGGCCCGCGGCGAUGCGCGCCGGCCGAUGAGCGGCCCGGGCAUGCAGCAGCAGCCGGCGCCGCCGGCCGAGGCGGCCAGCGAGCGCGCGUCGCCGCCCGCGGCCGGGCUCAAGGCGCCGCGCCAGGCCAAGAUCAGCUUCAGCGUGGACGCGCUGCUCAGCGGCACGCGCCACCGCGAGCGCGGGCACGCCGAGUCGGCGGCGGGCGGGCCGCCGGCGCAGCGCAUCGCCGCCAGGGACUUCAGCCGCGCGGGCUGCUCGGGCCGGCGGCUGCUGCGGCGCGAGCCCGAGGAGCGCGCCAGCGACGACAGCGCGGACGAGCAGGAGCCGGGGCCGGCGGGGCCGGCGGAGGCGCCGGGGCCGGAGGACUCGCGCUGCAGCGAGGAGGACCUGAACGUGCUGGACUCGGACGACAGCUCGGGGCCGGCGGCGCCGGGGGCGGCGGGGGCCCGCGCGGGCGCGCUGGUGCACCCGCAGCCCAUCCACGCGGGGCUGCCGCGGGCCUUCGCGCAGGGCCCGCCGGCCUGGGCCGCCGGCGCGCCGCCCGGCUUCCCGCACGCGCUGGCCGGCUUCGCCUGGCUGCCGCCACCGCCGCACCCGCACACCCCGCACAGCCCGCACGGUGCGCAGCUGUACGGCGCCCACGGCCACGGCGCGGCCGGCAGCCCCAACGGCGAUCUGAGACUGCCGGGGCCGAACGCGGGCCCUGUGCGGUGCACGCUGCGCAAGCACAAGCCGAACCGCAAGCCGAGGACGCCGUUCACCACGCAGCAGCUGCUCUCGCUGGAGAAGAAGUUCCGCGAGAAGCAGUACCUGACGAUCGCCGAGAGGGCCGAGUUCUCCUCGUCGCUGCACCUCACCGAGACCCAGGUGAAAAUCUGGUUCCAGAACCGGCGCGCCAAGGCGAAGCGGCUGCAGGAGGCGGAGAUCGAGAAGCUGCGGCUGUCGGCGCGGCCGCUGCUGCACCCCAGCUUCGGCUCGGGCCUCAUGUUCUCGGGGGUGGGCCCGGCCGGCAGUCCGGCGGCGGCGGCGGCGGCGGCCGCGGCCGUGCCGCCCUUCAUCGCCGCGGCGAUGGCCAGGCACACGCACGCCGCCGCGGCCGCGGCCAUGUUCAUGGCGCCGCCGCCCUCGCACCGGCCCUGAGCUCGCCCCGGUAGCCCCUUUGAUCUCAGCACUGUGUACAUAGUGUAAAUAGCGGCGGCGGAGGCGCGGCCGCGGCGACGGCGUCGCCAGCGGCGACCGAGUGAGCAGCGUGUACAUAGGGCUUGUGUAAAUACUUGUAAGUAGCCACGAGCGGGCAGGCAGCAGCGAGCGAGUCUGUAAGAUAAGCUGCCGAGAGCUGGGCAUAGCGAAAUAAAAGUGAU